GACCCUGGAAAAACCCUCACUCUGCCCUCUUCUUUCUCUCCCCUCCACCUUCAGCCACCGUCGGCUUCUGCCACCUCGCCGUCGCGCCGCCGUCGACGUCAUCUCCCCUCCCCUCGCCGUCGAGUCUCGCGCCACCGGCUGUCGCCGUCGUCCCGGUCUCCGAUCUCCAUCCCAUCUCUCUCUCUCUCUCUCCUCAAGGUCGCGUCGCUCGCGGCUGCCGCCAGCGGCAUCGCCGGCCUUGGGCGACAUCAGUCCUUGGGUCGUCGUCACUCGAGGUCGGCAACACCGGAGCUGGGCUUGGCGACGUGGCGGUGGUGAUGCGCGGGGGAGCUGCCGCGGCGGCGGUUGGUGGCGUCGGCACCUGGGAUUCCUCCGUGUUCGUCAUCGCUCGUGCCUCUGGUGCUCCAUCCAAGGAUCCGGGCAUCAAAUUGACGUCCGGCGAGCAAAAACCCUGAACCCUGAUUUCCCCCCGAAAGCUUCUCUAGAUGAGGAAGAUCGUCGUCUUCUCCUCUUUCGCAACCAAUUUCCUCAAAUCAGACUCGCGCAAGCCCUCCAAUUCGAUAGGAUUCACCCUCCACAGCUCCAUUUUCGCCAGACACUUUUCUCAAUCCACCUCCAUCCCGAAAAACCUGCUGAGGGUCCGCGACCAUGGGUACGACAACUACAUGGAAAUCGAGAAGAAAACGCGCAAGAUCCUCAAAUUCCAAGACUUGAUCCUCUCCCAGCACAACCAGAACGUCCCGAUUUCGCGCCUUGAUGUCCUCUCUCGCAGGUUUGGGUUCAAGCAGCACGAGGCCGGGGCUUUCCUCCUCAAGUUCCCUCACGUUUUCGAGGUUUAUGAGCACCCGGUGCAGAGGAUCCUGUAUUGCAGACUGACCCGAAAGGCCAUUUUGCAAAUCCAGCAGGAGAAGGAGGCUCUCGAUGCCCAAAUCCCGGAUGCCGUGGUUCGGCUCAGGAAGCUCCUGAUGAUGUCUAACACGGGACGUCUGAGGCUGGAGCAUGUGCGGAUUGCACGGGCUGAAUUCGGGUUGCCUGAGGAUUUCGAGUACUCGGUAAUUUUGAAGCACCCGCGAUUUUUUAGAUUGUUUGAUGCUAAAGAGACUAGGAAUAAGUACAUUGAGAUUGUAGAGAGAGACCCUAGUUUAAUUGUUUGUGCAAUUGAGAUGGCUAGAGAGAGGGAGUAUAGAGAGAAGGGAAUCGAUGCUGAAGAUGUGCGUUUCUCGUUCAUCAUCAAUUUUCCGCCGGGAUUUAAGAUAGGGAAGUAUUAUAGGAUUGCAGUGUGGAAGUGGCAACGAGUCCCGUAUUGGUCGCCUUAUGAGGAUGUUUCGAGGUAUGAUUUGAGGUCGCUAGAGGCUCAGAAACGUAUGGAGAAGAGGGCCGUGGCAGUGAUUCAUGAAUUGCUUUCAAUGACCGUUGAGAAGAAGAUCACGCUGGAGAGAAUAGCACAUUUUAGGAUGGCAAUGGAUUUGCCAAAGAAGUUGAAGGACUUCCUCCUUCAACAUCAAGGGAUCUUCUAUAUUUCGACAAGGGGUAAUCACGGGAAGCUUCACACUGUGUUUCUUAGGGAGGCUUAUAAGAAGGGAGAGCUGAUAGAACCCAAUGACUUGUAUUUGGCGAGAAGGAAAUUGGCUGAUUUGGUCUUGUUGAGUCCAAGAAAGGCAAAAGUGGAUAAGGAGCUUGUUAGUUAUAGUAGAGACGAUCAUGAUGAAACGAGGCGAUUUAGAAGAGACCAUAUAGAGGAUAAGAUGACGAAAUUUGAUGUUCAGGAAAAUUUUGUACUUGAUGAGGAGGGGGAUGAACAACCAGACUCGGAUGCAGCUUCAGAAGCUGACUUUACAGAUGACAAUGAUGAUGGUGAGGCAAUUGUUGAUGAAGAAGAAGUAAUCAAUUGACUCGUUUUAGCAUAUUAAGAGAAGUUGUUUGUGGCUGGAGCCUAAAACUUUUCUCAUGCAACACUGAAUUUGAACACGAAUCAGACUGCUCCCUGGUGUAUUGAGGUUGUAUUAAAUGCUGACUACCUCAUGGCAUGGUUCAGACUAUGGAAUUAGAAUUUAUGUGCAAACAGGCAAAUUGAAGACAAGCAGUCUAAGUCAUAAGACAGCCACAGGUUCUUAAACGAGGCAUAUGCUGGCCACAAUGCCUUCGAGUUGGUAAAUGGUUCUCUUGGCUUCUCCACAUCUAGAGAAGUAAGUGAGCAUCAUUUUAUCGGAAAUGUAAGGUGCUCUCAUCUUCUGGGAAAGAAGUCUGCUUACUGGCUUGUGGAAUAGAAAUCAGUGAGAUGAUUUCAAUGAACAUUUUGCCUUAUAUAGAGUGGAGGAGAAGUUGGAAGAGGACGUGUUUUUAAUGUGCUUUCUGGUGAAGAAGUUGAAGUUUGGCAUAAGGUAGGUUGAAUUUGACGCCGAAGUUGAGAGCUGAUCCUAUCUCGACAGCUCCUGCUCACAUCUAACAUGGAAUUCCUAUUGUUUUAGUCACUUUCAGUUUCAGCUCUCAAGCUACGUCCGAACAACUGAUAAACAACCAAACCAUGCACCUGCAGAUUACGAAAGCACCUGUGGCCUAUGAUUAAUUGACAACAAAUUCUGAAGUCAUGUCCUUGAGAACUCGGAAGAUUUCUUGAAUCAUGCAGUCACCUACUGGAAUCAUCCCGUCUGUUGUUUUAUCAGGAAGCCUUCUGCUUUGAUACCGAUGUGUUGGGGAGGUCGCCUUCCAAAAGAGUCGAUCCACCGAUGUCGUCCAAACUUUUCUUGGUUUUUCGACCCUCUCGAAUGCAUAAGACGUUUCUCGUAGCAUACAAGGCCAUGCAUGAAUAUUGUGGAGAUUCAUCCUGUUGCUUGGCGCUGUAGGCAUAAAUAAUUAUUAAUUAUUGUGUAUGAAUCAUAUGGGCUUGAUGAUGUCUUUGCAGAUGGGCUCGAUGCGGGUUC